AUGGUCAAAAUAAUCAAAAAAAAGAAAAAUAAAAAACAUUUAGUAGCAAAAAAAAAAAAAAAAAAAAAAGAAAAAGAAAUGACAACAUUAGGUGGAUAUAAUUAUACACCAGAGAUCGUGGAUACAAUUCAAAAUGAAGUAAAGAAUUAUUUAGAGUGUGAUAAUAUUUUAACAGAGUAUAUAUCAGUUAUGGUAAGAAAUAAUAAAACCAAAGAAGAGAUGGCAAAUGAUUUAUCAGAUUUCAUUGGUAUUGAUAAAGCAGGUGAAUUUGCCGGAUGGCUUUGGAAUUAUAUACCAUCAUAUUUUGAAUCCAUUAACAAACAAAAACAAAUCAACGAUACCACUAUGCAACAACAACAACAACAAACCGCAAAGAAACCACCAACCCAAAGAUUAAUUUUAAAUGCAGUAAAACAAGCUGCUGAAGAUACAAAAAAUGUUAGAGUGCCAAUGACUGAAGAAUCUUUAAAUGAUUCUCAUUAUGAUAUUGAUAACAAUAAUAAUAAUAGUAACAAUAGUAGCAAUAAUACCUAUAGUAAUGGUAAAAAAGAUUUUAUAAAAAAAGAUAAACAUAAUAAUAAUAAUAAUAAUAAUAAUAAUAGUAAUAGAAAGAAUGGUAAUAAUAGUAAUAAUAAACAACAACCAAAUUUUACAAUUACAAUGAAUGAUAUAAAUACAGGAUCAAAGAAAAGAAAAAAUAUAAAUAGAGAUGAUGAUGAUGAAAUCGAUAAAAGUAAUACAAUCAAUGAUACAACUGAUGAUCCAGUUAAUAUACCCUUGGAUUUAGUUUCACCGAAAAAAUCAAAAAAAGAAAGAUGUUCAUAUUGGCCAUUAUGUAGAAAUGCUGAAGCUUGUAUAUAUCACCAUCCAACAACUCAAUGUUUGUUAUUCCCAAAUUGCACAUAUGGCGAUAAAUGUUUAUAUAUUCAUCCAUCAAUUCCAUGUAAAUUUGGAAUUAAUUGUACAAAUGUAGAUUGUGUUUAUAAUCAUCCACAAAGACCCACUGCACCAGUUGCUACACCACCAGCAAUGAACGAAAUUCCAUGCAGAAAUGGUUUUGCUUGUCCAAAUAAAAAGACUGGUUGUGGAUUUUAUCACCCACCACCAGCUUGUAAAUUCGGUACAAGUUGUAAUAUGGGUAAAGCUUGCCCAUUCGGUCAUGGUAAACCUUGUCUCUAUGGUUUAAAUUGCGUUACUCCAAAUUGUACUUUUGCUCAUCAUUCUGUUGAACAACCAAUACCUGAUUGUAAAUUUGGUAAAGAGUGUACAAAUCCAAAAUGUAAAUUCAAUCAUACUGAACAAAGAGAAAUUGAUAAAAGUGAUAUGAAUACUGAUCAUUUGUCAUCAACUUUACCAUCAACUCCACCAAAAGAAGAACCAAUUCAAACUGAUGAAAUUCAAGAACCAAUUGAUGUUUAA